ACGCCCUCCGUUUGCUCCGCUGCUUCGCCGCCACGGCCGCCGCCAGUAAAUGUUACUAAUUUGGAUAGUUUGAUUGAAUCUGUUACUCCCUUCGUGCCCGCCCUGCAUUUUUCUGAGGUGAAUGUAAGAGGCCAUAGAACUAGGGAAGCAGAGUCAAAUCCCUAUUAUUGCCUUGGGGAUCUCUGGGAAGCUUUUAGUGAGUGGAGUGUCUAUGGAGUGGGCGUACCACUAUUGUUGAAUGGGAAAGACUCAAUUAUACAGUAUUAUGUUCCUUUCUUAUCCGGCAUCCAGUUGUAUGUAGAUCCAUCUAAGCCAUCUUCACGCUUUAGGAGGCCUGGUGAAGAGGGUGAUGCUGACUCAUCAAGGGAGACCAGUAGUGGUGGAAGCAGUGACUGUGAAGAGAGGCGGUCCAAAUCCUCUUCUGAUGGGCGGUGGAACCAGCACAGCCUUGUAAAUCAAAAUGCCCAGCGACUAAAUAGACUAUCAUUGAGGGACAAGUCUGUCACGGGUUCAUCGAGCGAUGAAGCUGAAAUUUCGAAUUCUCUUGGGGUGCUCUUGUUCGAGUAUUUGGAACAGGAGCAACCACACCAUCGAAGACCAUUGGCUGACAAGAUAGCAGUUCUGGCAUCUCAAUUUCCAGUGCUGAAGAAGUGCAGGAGCUGUGAUUUACUGCCUUCUAGUUGGAUUUCUGUAGCUUGGUAUCCAAUAUAUAGAAUACCCAUGGGUCCCACGUUGCGGGAUCUGGACGCUUCUUUCUUAACCUUUCAUUCUUUGUCCACACAAUCCAGAGCUCUGAGUACAGUUCAGCCACGCUACCAUGGUGCAACUGGCAGGAAAGUUCUUGGCAAUGUAAAUGCAUACUCAAGAAUUUCUUUACCAGUCUUUGGCCUUGCCGCAUACAAACUGAAAGGGUCAAUCUUGAGUCCAUGUGGACCUCAUGAAUCCGAGCAAGAAGAUUCACUAUUGCAAGCUGCAGACAGUUGGCUUCGGCGCUUGCAGGUUAUCCUUCCCGAUUAUCAGUUUUUCCGUGUGCACUAUUCUCCAUGGAGAUGAUCCAGCUGUUGAAGCUCCUACGUUUUUGCUGAUAAUGGGGAGAAAUUUAGAUUGUCAGUUUGGUUAAAAAGUUUUGAGAUCUAAAACCCCAGAUUUUGACCAAUCUUGGUCAAAGAUCCAUAUCUCCAUUAAGCCUUCCAUUUUGGUGUGGAAGGUUUUUGUAUUGGAUUGAGGGAGAAAAAGAUCGGAUGGGCGUGAUAACUCUCAGUGAGUCUAUUUGACGCUCACAGUGGAAAAGCUGCUGCUNAAGCUGCUGCGUUGUACUUUAUGAUUGUUUCCUGAAAUGUGGCAGGACUCCUCAUUACCCUGCCUUCUUUACUUUGCUGGGGUGGAUAAAAUAUAAUCUUCUGAUAUGGAUAGGCCUGUUGUCUUUGUUGAGUCAGGAGCAGAAGUUCUUGACAAGUGAUAGUGACGAAAGAUUUGGAACCUGUAUUUUCAGAUUGCACAUAAAAAUUGAUAGAAAUAUUUGUUAUAGUUUGUCAAAUUCAUACAACCAGUACGUUGUGUUCCUGAAAUUGCAAUCUCAUGAUUUGUUUCCUUAUAUUCUUAA